ACCACGUCGUCACGAGCCACCGACGCCGAGCGUGAGCUCUCAUUCCGCCGCCGUGCUCAUUCCACCGUGGGCUACCUGUUCAUUUCAGCUGAAUAGUCGCUACCUGUUCUUCGCCUUCCAAACGGUCAGCCCCGACGACCUUACGCCGCCGCCGACCGCCCUCGCCUGCCCCUUCUGAAGGCGUUCCUUCUUCCUAUGGACGGUACGGGUAUCUGCAGUGCUUCGUUCUGUGUGAGCACUAUUGCCGGAAGUCUCAUCUACGCCAGCCUCUUCCUCUUCGUGCCGUACCUUGUCACCAACACUCUAUUCCCCACCUGCUUCAGUCCCGACUGCUAUAACUUCCCCAGAGAACUGGCCAUGGCCAUGGAGCCCCGCGCUGACCCCUGCAAGGACUUCUACCGCUUCGUGUGCGGUCGCUGGAGUACCGUGCACCCCGUCGACGCCAACCAGUUUGCCAGACUUCAGCGAAAGAUAUUCUUCAGUCUCUACGACGAGAUACACCAGGCGGACAAGACCCCCGUUCCCCAGUCAAGCGCUGUCGAAAAAUCCGCCCUGGGCCUACGCAUCUGCGAAGAGAUCUUCUCCUACCGCGAGGAUAACAUCGACGACUUGCAGGCAUUCCUCAAGACUCAAAACUUAUCUUGGCCCGAUGUCAGCCACGCAUCACCCUACGACGCACUAGAAGCACUCAUCGCCUUGGGACUUGAUUGGGACAUCCACCUCCUGUUCCAAAUGAAGCUCGUACCAAAUUUCAAGCAGGACGACCGCCUCCUCCUGUCCCUCAGCCAGAGUUCGAGCCUCGUCCUUUGGUUCCAGCACAGGGUUACGAGGUUACCCGGCUCACUCCUGGGCGACGCAAUCGUCAAAAUAGCCCACAUGCUCGGGAGCACGGACGAGGACUACAGCAAACUCGUAGAGACCAUAGUAUUGAUGGAUACGGACCUCAUGUCAAUGUACCUUCAAACCGGCGAGAAAGAAGUGCUGGGGUACGCGAAGUACGGCGACCUCGGUAACCUAUCGCACAGUCGCAUUCCAGCUAGUCGUUGGAUCAACGGCAUCAACCAGCACCUUCCGGAGGGCGUGCACGUCAAACCCGACAGCGAGUUGUACCUCAUCGGCACGUCUUACAUGUCGGUGACGGCCAGGUUCUUGAGCAAGUACGAGAAAUUUCCGCAUCUGGUGCGCUUGCUCUUCGGUUGGCACGUCGUAAGAUCCCUGAUCCCGAUCACGUCUUACAGUAUGGCAAAGAUCCUGAUCACGGAGACGUUGGACACCCAGAUGGCGGUUUACUUUCUCGAGACCUGCGUGGGUCGCGUGUCCGAUAUCGCACCUUUCGCGCUGGCCCAUUACUACUUCAACAAGUUUCUCCCGUCGAUAACGCUGCGCACGGUAGAUGCCCUGGUCAACAACAUUCGCGAGACGUCCCUCAAUGGAUUCCGCAACCUUUCCUGGAUGGAAGAACAGACCAGAAGGGAAGCGACCAACAAGCUGGCCUCACUUCACAAGAUCGUGGCUUUCCCCAAAGACCUUUCUUCCCGCCUGGACAUCGAUGCGUACUACUCUUACCUUCCAGAAUUCAAGCCCCCCUUCCUGAGAACGUAUCUCCUAGCGUCUAAAGCCACCCUGGACCACACGAAGCCCCUGCUGCGUGGCGGCGCCAACAAUUCCAUCAACCGCGACCUCUACCUCCACGCACAACUGAUCCCAGUCAAUUCCUUCUACAUGUUCGUCUAUCAUGUCAUGUUCAUUAUGCCCUCUAUCCAGUUCCCGCCAUAUUACGCAGACUCUUUGCCCGUCGCAGCGCGUUACGGCGGUCUUGGCCACGUGGUGGGCCAUGAGAUCACGCACGUCUUCGACCCGUUUCAAGGGUCGUUGGACAGGACGGGACGCAAGGUGGAGUGGUUUUCGGAGACCUCACGUCUGAGGUUCUUGGGGAGGUUGGAGUGCCUGGUUCGCCAGUACAGUGCGGCGUCCCGCGCGCUGAGGGACCUGGAUACGAAGACGUUAUCCGAAGAUUUCGCCGAUAACAGCGGCUUCGAGUGGACGUUUUCGGCAUACAGGAAGCAGGUGACUUUAGGAAACAGCCCUUCCGGUGUGUGGGACUUGACGAACGACCAGCUGUUUUACGUCACUUCCUGUCACAAGUGGUGUGCGUCGCACAGUGACGCGGCGGGGUUCUUUUAUUCCCCAAAGUCACUCCGGUGCAAUGUGCCCUUGAUGAACAGCGCAGAGUUCGGAGAAGCUUUUCAGUGUCCUCCCGGUUCGCCAAUGAACCCCAGCAUGAAAUGCACUUUUGGAUAGAUUCACGAAAGUCGUGUACUCGAUACACGGUGAUGAUGCCCUGCUUUUAGAAUUUGUGCAUAUACAAAUAUAUUUGCGUAAUGA